AUGAAUUUGAAGCGGAGUACUGCUAGCUCGAAGUUUCCAGGAAACGAAAGACAGCCAGGACGACUGAGGAGAAAUGGGACUGGAAGUGAUUUUGACGGAGAAGGGAGGGAGAAGGAAGUUUCUAAACGAUGGGCUGGGGACAGAUGGAGGUCGGGGCCUCCAGGCCCUUACAUCAAGGAUACGGACUUCGGUGAUUACCAGGAUGGGUACUACUCCGUACAGACGUUGGAUGGUGAGAAAAUCGGCCAGCUCAUCGCUGGCUAUAUCGACAUCAUCGUAAAGAAGAAGGCCAUGAAGGAUCACCUCGGAAUCGAAGGUGAUGAAGGAUCGACCAUGCUGGAAGACGUGGUUGCACCAGCCAAAGCCACUCUGGUGGCUCACGGGCAGAUCGGAGCCGGACAGUACGCUCAGGAUGGCCAUGUGGCGCUACGUGGUGUGCUGCGCACCCCGCAGCAGCAACCGCACGGUUACGGCUAUGGAAUCAAUGGUGCGCAAUAUGGAGCAGUCAGUGGUGAAAUCCAGUCACAGAGCAUGGCUAGGAGUUUGACCUAA